UCUUCACCAGUUCAUCAGUCUGUAUAUAAAGAUAUGUUGCAGACUCUUAGUUUCGUCAUUUCGCUCAUCAUGUUUUCAAGGAAGUAACUUUAAAAAAGGGUCAAACUCUGUGGUACAGCUGUCAGAAAUGUCUUUGUUUUUAGAAGUCUACACUAUGCAGUAUGCACGUAUAUUUGCAAUACUGUAUCGCAUAAUAUUCGAUUGGUAUAUUAUUGUAUAAUCCCGCUUUACUUAAGUGUAGAUGAAAGUGCUGGAUUUUCUUUGUUGAGUGAUUUAGCUAUAACAAGCGUAAUAGCCACUGCUGCAUUUAAAAUGACCUUUACAUGCAAAAUUAACAGAGGGCCGAAAUUCAGUCUCAUCUGCAUGCUCAUUAUGACAUCGGCGUUUUUCUUCACAGAGAUUGUAGUCGGGUAUUCCACCAACUCCACGGCAUUGGUAGCAGAUAGUUUCCAUAUGUUGUCUGAUGUGGUGAGUCUUGUUGUCGGGUUGGUCGCAGUUAUUUAUUCCAACAAAACAAGCAAAACCAAUACGUACGGUUGGGCAAGAGCUGAGGUUCUUGGAGCAUUAUGCAACGCCGUGUUCCUAUUGUCCCUUUGCUUCAGUAUUGUAAUCGAAGCUAUUCAAAGACUCGUGGAAGUAGAACCAAUAACUGAACCAUUACUUGUUCUGGGUGUUGGUAGUGCUGGUCUGGCCAUCAACCUUAUUGGACUUCUGUUGUUUCAUGAGCAUGCUCAUGGACAUAAUCACAGUCAUGGGCAUUCUCAUGAUAGUCAUGACGUAAAAAACGAACAUUCACAUGAUCAUGACGAUGACCCCGAAGGAGAACCAAAAGUUCGAGUAACUGCAGCAAAGCGAGGUCACUUGAAUAUGAAAGGAGUUUUCUUACAUGUAUUGGGAGAUGCCUUGGGAUCUGUUGUCGUUAUCAUCAGCGCUUUGAUCGUUAACUACGUACAGGACUCUUGGCGUUUUUAUGUGGAUCCAGUUAUGAGUCUCUUUAUCGCGCUCAUCAUCGUAUGCAGUACCCUGCCUCUUCUUAAACAAUCUGCUUACAUAUUACUACAACGACCACCUGCCCAUAUCAACGCAGAUGAAUUGGAAAGCAGGUUAACAAAGAUCAAGGGUGUAGUGUCAGUUCACGAUUUGCAUAUAUGGCAACUGUCAAGUAACCAGGCGAUCGCAUCAGCCCACUUGACCAUGCAUUCAGAAGAUGAUUUUGGGGAGACAGCUCACAGGCUCCGGCAUGUGUUUCAUGAAGCAGGCGUCCAUUCACUUACUCUACAACCCGAAGUUUACCCGUGUAAAAAGGGCAUGUCGGUAUGUGGGAUCAGUGAUUGCCAAUAUUUAAAGGAAGAAGUUCACCAGUUGCUGCCUUCUAUGUUGGAGGAAAUUAAAAAUAAUGAAAACGCAGAUGCCGAAUGCACGGAGAACGUUAGUUUUACAGAAUACAAGUGUUGUACGCCACCCAGCGAGCAUUCCGACAACAGUCCUAUCCACACCAUCUCAACAACUAGCAGUCAAAUUUGUAAAUUCUCUUGUGUCUCUGAUGAUUGCGCCGCAUUUAUGUGUUGCGAUGGUGUCCGUUCUAGAAAGGAGUCCACCGUGUUAGGCGAGGACAAUCCAGUUUAUGGCACGGGACCUUUAAUGUCGGUUGUUGAGUCGGUGUCCAUACGUUUGUAGUGAUACAUUGAGUGAUGCCAUAUUGCAAAAAAAAACUGUUGUGUUUUAAUGCACUGAUGCCCCGCAGUACAUAUAUAGUAUUAUGUUGUACAUGGCGAAAAAGUUCAGUUUCAUUACACUUUUUUUAAAUCGCAAGUAAUAAAGAUGUUCUUUUAAUGCAA